UGUUCCUGCAUCAGUCGCCACAGCUAAAGAGGGUUGCGAGGAUGAAGCCCAAAAUGUUCCUGAUUGGUUCUGUGUGGUUGUCUCUUUGCUGCCUGCUUCAUGCUCAACCAGAGGGGACUGGUUUUCCUCUGGACAUGGCUGUGAACUCUGUUGAUGACAUGUACUCUACCUGUGCUGCAGACAUGGAGACAAAGGUCAAGGAGAAGUACUUUGAAGAGGACAUGAAAAAUAAUUUAUUCAAGAAGGUGUGGAACGCAGCAAAACAAUGUGCAGAGAGAAAUAUGAAACAAAAAGAACCAGUAGAUAUGGCUCUAACAGAGAAUCACAUGCAAGCAAUUUGUGUUUACACAGCAGGAGGAAAAGAAAACAUCUAUGACGUAUUCAAUGACGCAGUCAAGACCAAUAAACAACAAUAUAGUUCAUCCUUUCCAUUCCAUUCUUUACAUUUCUGGCUGACCAGAGCAAUACAGAUCCUCAAAAACAAUCAUAAUGAAUGUUACACAACUUUCCGUAGAACCAAAGCUAUCUUCACUGGUGAAGUCAACCAAGAAAUGCGAUUUGGUAAUUUUGCCUCCUCCUCCAAAUUAUCAACUCUGACACACUUUGGUAAGACAACAUGCUUUCAAAUUAGAACCUGUCAUGGAGCUUAUCUGAAAAAAUACCCAAAGCUCAAAGAUCAUGAGCAGGAGGUGCUGAUUCCACCUUAUGAGACGUUCAAGAUAAUCAGCAAAACUAAACCUCCAGCACUUGGAGACUGUAAUACUGUCUAUGUUCUGGAACCUACUGGGGUCCAAAGCAAUCUUGACUGUCAAGUUGCAAAGUAAAUAAUUUUGUGAUUUUCUUUCUUCACAUGCAUA